AUGCUGAUGACUUCAGCUCCAUGGGAUAUAUCACUGAAAAAUUGAAAUCCAGCAUCUGCGAAGGUUGGACCAACUGGAAGGUGAACACUGAAAUAUCUAAUGAAGAAUUAACUUCUGAGUUCAAAGAAAAUAGUGAAAUCACAGUCUCCUGCUCCAUGUCUGCCAUAAAAUUCACUACACAAGCAGAAGAAAUAUCUGAGGAGCAGUGCCAGUGUAAGAAUAUACUGGAUUCUCAGAACAAUGCAAAUGAAGAACUCAAGCGGCUAAGUCAUCAAUUAGAGCAAAUCACAAGGCGAAUGGAGAUGUUGGAGAACCGUGUCGGACAACGAUAA